AUGGUCAGAAAAGCACACUUGCCACUCUUGGCCAGUAUCGCGAGCGCUUGCGCAACAUGCCCUUCGAUUUCAGACGUCAACGUCCUUAGCGCAGACGAUGGCUCCUCCUCGUUCUGGGGAACUGGACUCGGUGCAUACAUUGAGCUUACUCUUUCAGCAACAGAAAAGGGUGAAUGCUGGUUUUCGGCCCCUUCGAACGUCUUUGGGAAUUUUCCAGCUUGUCCUUUUUCAUGGGACUACGGUACUGUGAACUCUGCAGGGGGCAAUAACUACUCGAUUCAGUUUAACCAAAUUCCACAUGGGGGUGUUGCAAAGCUGGGAUUCCUUACUAGCCUCGCAGAAGGCUACAAAAGCUCCAUUACUAGUGGUAAGACCGAUACGUACUCCUUUGUGACGUCUUCAGGCGAACACAAGUCAUCCGUUUCUUUCAACGACUUCCCUUCUGACCAGGUCUACUGCGGUAGCUGUGGAACUCAGCAAGAGGGAAACUCUCUCUCAUUUGAUGUGAGCGUACCUGCCGCCAUUAUUGAAAGCGCCUUCACCAUCAAUAUCGAAAAACAGCAGGGAUACAAGUUUCAGACCGGAGGCAUUAAGCUCUACUACACUCAAAGCUCAAACUCGUUUGAUGAGGCCUCCAACGAACAGCUGGUUCCUUCUUCCUCAAUCACCGAUUCAUCGACAGAGGACAAGAUUUCAAUUGCCUUCAACGGCAAUCUUCCAUCAGGCUGCUCGGGUCUCAGACUGAGCUACGAUGUAGCAGUUCUUGAAGAGAUGACAUAUUACUCAAGUGUUUGCAACGUUGAAUUCUCAAGCUUUAGCCAACAACUAACUGCCUACGUCUACACAAAGAACCACAUGGGCUCAAUUGAAACUCCUGCUGUGAGUAAGGGCCCUGGUUGUGGCUCCCAAACUAGCUCUAGCUCUGGUUAUAGCAGUUCGACUGUUACUACCCUCAGCCCAUCGACAGGUUUUACCUCGAGCUCCACUUCCGCCGCAGUGACUAGCGCUACAUCCAGCUCAGGAUGCGAUGAUGGAUGCGAUGAUGGAUCAGGUUCUAGUUCGAGCUCGUCUUCUCCUGCAGCCCCAACUUCGAGUUCAGGAUGCGACUCAGGAUGCGACGACAAUACUGCCACUUCUAGCGCAACCCCUAGCACGAGUACUAGUUCUAGCUCCAGCUCAGGUACCUCUUGUGACUCUGGAUGUGACGAGAACUCAGGCUCUGGUUCCGGGAGUGGAUCAGGACAUGGUUCUGGUCAUUACGCCGGCCAUGUAGGGCGCCACAACUGGGGCCACAAUUCAGGCCACAAAGGAGGUCAAGGGUCUGGCUGUAAAUCCUAA